ACUGUUUCUUGGCCCUAACAAUGACUCUAAAAUAAGAUUGACGUUAUUAUUUCUUUGUUUAGAAUUUUGUGACUCAUUCCGAAUUUUUGCUUUAAUGAGCUGAAGUGUGACUAUUUUGUUUACAUGUGAACACUACACAACUGUCCAAGAGUAUAUAAAAGUCUGGCUUUUGAUCGUAUCCCUCCUAGUUUUAGUCAUGUGUUUGAAUAAGACACAACUUUAGAAUUCAAGUGUCAAAAACAAUUGUGAAUAGUUUCAGUGUAAAAAUGAUACACGCAAUCAUAUUGGUGUUAAUAAUUUUAUGCAUUUUCAUCAUCUACGAAGAAAUAAGAAAAUGGUUCAUCAGCAAAAAGCUGCGCAACUUCAAAUCACCGAAGCAAGCUCCGAUUCUUGGUGCAGCAAUUCGUUUCAUAGGUAAAACUAAUGAUGAACUGAUUGAAACAUUUCUGAAUAUAUUUGAUGAAGUGGAAUCAACGCCGCUUCAAAUGUGGCUCGGUCCGAUGUUAACAAUUGGCAUUUCACAGCCGGAAGAUAUUGAAACGGUUCUAAAAAGUGAAGAUUGUCUGAAUAAACCAUACCUGUAUGAACUUUUAAAAUGCAAAACGUCCAUUCUUGCCACCGACAAAGAGAUAUGGAAGCCACAUCGUCGCGCUUUGAACUCAGCGUUCAACGUGAAAAUGUUGCAGAAUUAUGUGCCAAUAAUAAACGAUUUAUCAAGGCAGAUGGUGAAGAAAAUGGAGCCAUUUCUUGGAGAACGCGGUGAUUUGUAUCGUACGAUUUUCAUUGCCCAAACGGAAUUGGUUGGAAGAACGCUGUUCGGAUCAAAAUUGCAGAUUACGUCAGAGCGACUCUCAUCGUUGUUCAACUCUCUCAAACUUGUUAUGAACAACGUACAAUACCGUAUUCUUCGAUUUUGGCUCCGAUGGGAUUUCGUAUUUAAUUUGACCAAAGUUGGGCGAGAGGAGCAAAUCCCACUUCGAAAACUCAUUGAAACUAUAGAUCAAAUUUAUGAGCACAAGGUAAAAGAAUUGGACACAUUGAAAUCCCAAGGCAUUGAUCACUUGACAAAAGUUGCUGAACAGAAUGCAACCAAUUUCCUCGAAAGAUGCUUGAUUUUGGAACAAGAUGGAAUCAUAUCUCAUGAAAAUGUUCACGAUCAAAUGCGAGUAAUGAUCGUCGCUGGUAUUGAUACAUCAUCGACUACUGUAUAUGCUACUUUGUUGUUGUUGGCCAUCAAUCAAAAACACCAGGAUUUGGUUGUGAAGGAACUGCGUUCGAUUUUCGAUACAGCUGAUUGUGAUGUGACUCAAGAUCAUUUGGGUAGUAUGCAGUAUUUGGAUCGCGUUAUCAAGGAAGCACUUCGACUAAUUCCGCCAAUCCCUUUUAUUGCCCGCAAAACAUCGGCCGAUAUUCAAUUGGCCAAAGGCAUUAUACCACAAGAUUCAAUGGUGUUCAUUCAUAUUAUGAAACUACAUCGAAAUCCAACAAUAUGGGGUAAAAACGCGCUCGAAUUUGAUCCAGAUCGAUUUCUACCCGAAAAUGUCGCCAAAAGGCCACCAUUCAGUUAUAUUCCGUUUUCGGGCGGAGCAAGAAACUGCAUAGGAAUGAAGUAUGGUAUGAUUUCAGCGAAAAUAGUUCUAGCGAACAUAUUGCGGCGGUACAAAUUUACAACCGACUUGAAAUUUGAAGAUAUUCGCGCAAGAGUACAUAUCGUACUGGAGUUGACCAACGAAAAUCCACUUCGAAUUGACAAACGAAACUUCUGAGAAGAAUUAUUGAUGGAAAAAUAUUACAUUUAAUAAAAUAUGUUUGAAAUAUUUUUCAUUACCGAUGGAACCAAAGGAACAAUAGAAUAUUAGUUUAUAACUUCAAUGAAAUGUUUUAUUUACAGAUUAUUGUAAGCACACACUAUUUAUAAUUGGAGUGUAUAUAGGUUCUGACAUUGGCGAUUUAAGGAGAGAGUAAUUUUGGAAAAAGUGAAAUAAAUUUGGGGGGUAAUUUAAAUGUGCUUCAAAUUCAAAGAGGUAAGAAAAAAAGUUAUAGGAGAUACUAAAACUGUACAUACGAGCAUUGCUGGAGGCAAUAAAGGUAUUAAUUGAACACGAACAAAAAAAAUUCUCUCAUUUGGCAGUUAGCGAAACUUUACUUUACUUUUGUAUAAUUCGUGUAUUUAAACACGAGUUUGACUACG